AUGGAAGAAAUUGAGCUUCAACAAAACGAUUCCAUUUUGGAAGAGCUUUCAUACACACGUGAACUCCACGUCUCCAUUUUGGCCAAAACGAAGCAACACACAAAAACGAAUUUUAUUUCCACGAAAAAGUACAACUUUUUCUCACUUUUUCCCAAAAUCAUCGUUGAGCAUUUUUAUCGUCUUACUUUUGUAUACUUCAUUUUUAUAUCUAUUUUGUGCUUCAUCCCCUCUUUAGAACGGGGCAGAGAGACGAUGACGAGUGUCUGUGCGCCUUUAGUUUUUCUUAUUAUACUUUCACUAUUGAGAGAUUUCUUCGAGCAAUUAAAACAAUACAAAGACGACGUGUUUGAAAAUUCAAAAAAAGCAAAAAUCUUGACUGAGAACGGGACAAGGUUGGUGGAAUGGCAGAGCAUUAAAGAAGGGAAUAUCAUAGAAAUUUCUGAAAAUGAGAUGAUGCCAUGCGACUGUGUCAUACUCGACAAAACAAACGUCUCAUUUGAAACUUCACAAAUUAACGGAGAGACUUUUUUAAAGGCAAAGAAAGGAAUUUCGUUCCUCCAAGGAAUUAAAGAAGAUGAAAUGAAGAGAGUUGAGUGUUCAAUCUUUGUCAACAACCCUACUAUUCCCUUUGAAGACUUCUCUGGAAAAGCCGUUUUGAAUGAACAAACACAACAACUUUCAAUUGAAAAUUUUGUAUGUCGUGGGUGUGUAAUGAGAUCUUCGGGUACUAUUUUAGUACUUGCAACGUAUAUUGGCAAAGAGACGAAGCAGAAAUUAAACUCGAAUAGGCAUGAUUUGAAGUGGAGUUAUAUUAUCAAAAUGACCAAUUUUUACUCAAUCGCUUUAUUCUUUAUCAACUUGCUUAUGGCUCUUGUAAACACUUUUCUAUACAAACCAUAUGCAAAUAACCAACCAUGGUAUAUCGAAUUUCAACGCCAUAAUGGAGCAGUGAAGUUUUUCUCCGAAGUUAUUGAGUCCAAUAACAUCAUUCCAAUUUCAUUGUUUGUGACAAUGGAAAUAGUUAGAGUUGUACAAACAUGGUACAUCAACCAUGAUGGAGAUAUGGCAACAUUAAAUGAUACUUCAAUUGCGAUGAACUCGUGUUUGAACGAAGAACUGGGAAGAGUAAACUACAUUUUAACCGACAAGACUGGGACAAUGACACAGAAUCAUAUGACUUUGAAAAAGUUCAGUAUUAGUGGGAAGAUCUAUGGAAAUCCCGAUGAUGAAAGUGACGGGCUUUCGUCUGAUAUGGACGAACACAAAGAUGCCACUAAAACUGAAGCUCUUUCAAGUUCGGAAGGAAAUGAAAUAACACCAAAUAUAGUCGAAUUUGACGCCAAAAAAGUCAUUGACGAUUAUAAUAACAACAUGAAGAGGAGAAUUGUUAUAACGGAAUUCUUUAAGACGUUAACAAUAUGUCAGUCUGUCGAUAUAAGAAGAGAAGGAGAGGAUUUGAAUUACUUCUCGUCAAGGAGUGAUGAAGUUGCAUUGGUUGCGGUGAGUAAAGAGUGUGGGUUUGAAUUGUUUGAGAAGACUGCAGAGAGUGUUUCUAUCAGUAUUUUUGACGAACAAAAGACUUAUCGAAUACUCAAACAAUUUCCAUUCACACCCGAAAGGAGACGAAUGAGUGUCAUCAUCUACGAUGGCAAUGAAAUUACGAUGUACUCAAAAGGGUCUGAGGAGAUGAUGAGUGAGAGGGUUAAAGAGAUGGCAAUAAGCAGAAAAUUGAUUGAGCAGAAUGACCAAUUCAACAAAGAGGGUUAUCGUACCUUACUCAUAUGUUCAAAGAAAAUAGACAAAGAGUAUUACAUCAAUUGGCUUGAGAAUGGAGAGAACGAAGACGACAUCGAACGCGAUUUGAUUUUGAUUGGAGUCACUGCUGUUGAAGACAAAAUGCAAGAGGGUGUUCGUGAAAGCGUCUUAAAACUGAAAGAGGCCGGGAUUAAAGUAUGGAUGGUGACUGGGGAUCACAGAGAAAUAUCCAAAGAUAUUGGAUACUCUUCUGGCAUUUUGGAAAGAGGGUUGGUCACUUCGAACAUCGUCAAACGAACGAAAGAGGAGUUAAAUGAACAACUUAAAAAGGACUACGAAAUGUGGAAGAGGAAAAAAGUGAACAUCAAUUUGGUGAUGGAUGGAGAGAGUCUUGAGAGUGCCGUAGAGGAAGAGAAUUGUAAAUUAUUCACAAAGAUCUUGGGGUUGAGUCGUGGGUGUGUCUUCUGUCGAUGCACCCCCAAACAAAAGGAGAAGUUGGCGAGUUUUGUGAAUAAAAGCAAGGGGAGUUGCUCGUUGGCCAUAGGUGAUUCUCUUAAUGAUGUUUCAAUGAUCAACAAAGCGAAAAUUGGUAUUGGUAUUUCGACGGGACAAGAUAUGUCAGCGGCGCAUACAGCAGACUAUUCAAUACCGGCUUUUCGAUUUUUGGUGAAGUUGUUGUUAGUGCAUGGAAGGUACUUUUAUCGCCAAAAUUCUGUUGUGUAUUUCUACUCGUUAUACAAAAAUUUCAUUGUUGUGGCCACAUCAUUUUUGUACAAUCUAUUCUGUAAAAGUAGUCAAAUCGAUACUAUCGAGCGGUCGUGUUACACUUCUUACAACAUAUUAUUUACGUCAAUACCGAUUUUUAUCUUUGGAAUUGCAGAUAGAGACAUUCCACCGUAUGUUUUAUACACCAACCCAAAGUUAUAUAAAAACAGAGAAUAUUACUCCCCAUUAAAUGCAUUGUUCUGGUUACUUGAUGGACUUGUUGCGUCGAUUGGAAUAUUUUUCAUAUCUUAUGUUGCGUCGUACACAAACUCUGUUCUUCCAAAUGGGAAAGUUAUUGAUUUGAAUGGGUUCUCUUUCACAAUUUUUGUCUCGAUCUUGUUGGUGACGAAUUUGAAAAUAGUGACAAUCAUCAAGCGUUACACAUGGUUCCAUUUUGGGAGCUUACUCUUCACAUUCUUAGUUAUCAUUUUAUAUUUAUUCAUACAACAAGCAAUACUUUACACAGAUUGGAUGUGGUACAACAUCUUCGUGGAAAUGCUCCAGACGCCGUACUUCUACUUACUUGUUAUUUUAAUUACAUUCUUACUCACUGCGAAAGACCUUUUGUGGAAACACUUUAAGAAGUCUAUUCUUCCAGACGCAAAACACAUUGCGGAAGAGGUUGGAGUGAAAGAGAAGAACAAGACGUACAAUAGCAUCAAAAGUAUCAAAGAGCGGGACAUGUUCUUCAAUACAACGUGGCACUUACCCAAACAUCAACACAACGAUUUGGACUAUUCUGACAGUUCAAGCAGCCUCGAUGAAGAGAAACCGAUUAUUAAUUAG